UGACAGACCUGCUGUGUAUUAAAGGACCCUGCCCAUACAUCUUCUCCCAGCCACCUCCCUUUUCAUGGGCCUUUAAAAGCCUCCCAAACAGGAGGAGACCACUUUCAAAAGAAGGAUUCGACAUCCACAAGGGGCCGGUCCAAAUACCGUUCAGUCACAACCAGAGAUCUUCAACAUUUACCAUGGAUAAUCAUUCCUACAACUUUCCUUCUGAUUGCACCCCACUCACAAACUGCAAGUCCGCCCGCAAGCCGGCUGGCUCCACCGUGGUGAACAUGGGCAACACGGGGAAGAACCCUCCUCGGGACUAUCUGCUAUGGUCGCUGUGCAACACCUUUUAUGUCAACUUCUGCUGCUUGGGCUUCAUGGCGCUCAUCUACUCCAUCAAGGCACGGGACCAGAAGACUCUCGGCAACCUGCAGCUGGCCCAGGAGUGCUCGGACAAGGCCAAAUGGUACAACAUCCUGGCAGCCGGCUGGAACCUGCUGAUUCCUCUGCUGGCCAUUGUCCUGAUCGUCCUCCUGCUUGUCCACCUCGGCUCUUCCCAGGGUUCCUUCGACUUCCUGGGAGAGGACGGGUUCCAAAACUUCCUGAAGCUGUUCAGCUGGUAGACGAAGGCAAAACCUCUGAUUGGAUCCAGAAGAUGAUGACAGACACGAUAGCUUCCAGCUCUUCUCUACAUGAAGACAGAGGUGUUAAAACUUCUGCUCACAAACGUCAUUUAUUUUUGGGAUCAUUAUCGACCCUCUGCCAAAAAUUAGACAAUCACACGGCUCCAAGGCAAAUUCAAGCAAAAUUUUGAAGCAGCCUCAAAAACAUAACUUUCAAUCUGGGCGGUUUCUAAUAUCAAAAGUGUAAUUGACAAAACCUAUAGAGCAUGCUGACAUUUUACGUUGCGAACCAAAGGAUGAAAUGACCCGAAAGACAAAAAAAUAGGAAUAUAUGGAAACAUUAAAAAGACAGUUUGCAUUUUUUGGAAGUGAGGUUCAUUAAAGUUAUUACAAUUGCCUGAAGAUAAAUGACGUGACGUCACAGUGAGAUUGCUGAAAAAUGAAAUGAAUCCUUAGCUAGCUAACAGCUACCAGCAAACAACGUCAUUUUAGCUUGCUUUAAAAAUGUAAAACUCUAGCUGAAAAUGUGCAUAACUGUGGGACAUGACACUAUCUUAGCAGAUAUUGUCUACACUUAUGCAAGAGACCGUUGUUAAGUUUGUGGAAGUCUACUGGCCUUCCUUCAGCUGAUUUGGCUCGGCUGGUACAGCAGCAGCCUCAACCAGCGCGGUUUUAGCAUUGGGACACUGUUCGGCUGAGAAAGCAGCCACAAGAGUUAACGUGUAAAAUCCACAAAUAUAAUGCUAUAUCCCACACAUAUAAACAUUUUCAGUAGUAGAUGUUUCAGAAUGCUUCUUUGGUCAGAGGAGUUGUUAUCAUUCUGCUUGUUACUCUGACAGUUUCCUCACUUUUCUACAAACUCACUGCAAUAUCACGUCUGUUCCACAAAACAGUCGCUGAUCUCCAGCACAGAGUCUAAAAAACAAGUGUAAACCUUUUUGUUAAAAGGCUGAAUCAAGGUCAGCCAGGAGAUCCAGCUCUUCUGCUUUAUUUUAAUUAUUUAUUGUAUUUAUGUGAAAUAAAUAUGAUUGAUUGUUGGACCUGUCUUUGGUCAAGAUAGAUAAGAUCGAGAACAGAAAUAACGAACAACCGUGGAGCCAAAAUUUGAAGGCCAAAGUGAUGAGAAGCCGCUUUACAAUGGACAGUGAAUUAUUUUCAUCUUUCUGAAUUUCUUGAAUUACUUUAUAAACCUCUUUUUGCCAUUAUUAAUGUAUUUUCUUAGGUUUUAUUGUCGUUUUAGGUAUUUUUCUGUUGUAUUGCCUUUUGUCAAUCUAUAAAAUAACUAAACCAGACUCUGUAUGGACACAGUUUUUUUGCUGAGAAGAAAAGAGAUAUAAAUGGAUCUUGAGAUCUCCUUAGAGUAUAUGUCAUUUUCCAUCACCACUCAGCCAAUGAGAUCAAGCGUUCAGAGGUGUUCCUUUGAAUGGCUCCUGUGGUUCUUGCUGCUGCACCUACACCCAACUUUAAAGUGAUCAUUUUGGGUUUCCAUUGCCUGACUCUGGGGUGGGUCUGCUCCCAGCUGUGUGUUUGGCCCUCUGGCAUUUCUAUAUACAACAUCCAGUUCUGGGAACUGUGUUAUACAUGACCUUCAGAUGUAAAACGGAACCGCCCAGGACCGCUACAGACCACUACAGAAGACCAAAUGUGGAGGCCUGCAGUGGACUGGGAUAUGGUCCAAAUCGAGUCAUUCUGCUCUGGGUUCAACAAAAUAAAAAAUUACUCGUGCUGAAUGUGAAA